AUUUGGCAAUUGUGAUUAUCACUUUGUCAUCGCCUUGGCAGUUCGCGUGCCUGCUUCCAUAUAAACGUGCCUUGAAGCCGCUUAUGUAAUAAAAAAAAGGAUCAUUAAUAGCCCUACUCCAUCGUGCGGUGUUUUCCUCCAUUCCAUCUGCAAGUGAAGGUGAUGAAUACAGGUGCAUCGUCCUAUGCCAACGGGUAUACCCCAGUCCAGUUCAACUACGCACCAGCGGCUGACUUAUAUGGAACGCUUUUAGACGACGGCUGGUACCCCAGCGAGCAGUUCUGCCGUUUGACCGAUGCGAUCUUCUUCUAUCUUGACAGAAACGCCGAUAGCCCAAAUAAGAAUUCGGGUUGGAUCGAGCCUGAGAAGAACUUAUGGUGGUCGCAAACGAUGGGCACCAUUCCGAUCUCUCCUGAACAGAAUCGUUAUAUUGCGCAAUACGCAAUGGCUUCCCUAUACUCCACCCUUGGGAUCCCAUUUCACACAGUCGAGUCAAAAAAGACUUCCAAGGGCCCGAGGCCGCGACUAGACAGGCAGGGGUUUCUGUAUUCCGUGAUUUCAGGUUUCAAGGUCAACCCAGCAAUGUGUCUUCAGAAGGUGAACAACAGCAUCACGAGAUGGGGACUCCACGAUCCAGCGACGAAUCAGCCAUUCCCAGGGCCAAUCCCCCCAUCGGCAGUUCCAAGUCAAUGGCACUGGCAGAGUCGGAGUGCUUUUCAGAGUUGGCAGCAAACAACGGCGUUUGGCAUGCGACAGCACCAAAUUCAGAAAUGGCAAAGAAAUAAGGCCAGGAGUCACAUGGUGCACAGCGCUUUCAAAAUGCUGACUGGAGGCCACGGAGGUGCUGGUUUGGGCGGUGGCCUGGGAGGUGGUUUUGGCGGAGGUUUUGGCGGGAUGGGGCUGUAAAACAAUCGCACAAGUCAGCUGUGUGAUGCGUUCAAGUUCACAAAUGUAAAUGUACCCCAACGCUUUGU